AUGCAGCUGAAGCCUGGAGUUGAACGAUACUUAUCACAGACUGGUCCGGUAAACAGCCAGUUAGGGUUUUCUGUUACACAAUACUCAUCACAGACUGGUCAGGUAAACAGCCAGUUAGGGUUUUCUGUUACACAGUACUUAUCACAGACUGGUCAGGUAAACAGCCAGUUAGGGUUUUCUGUUACACAGUACUUAUCACAGACUGGUCAGGUAUACAGCCAGUUAGGGUUUUCUGUAACACAGUACUUAUCACAGACUGGUCAGGUAAACAGCCAGUUAGGGUUUUCUGUUACACAGUACUUAUCACAGACUGGUCAGGUAUACAGCCAGUUAGGGUUUUCUGUUACACAGUACUUAUCACAGACUGGUCAGGUAUACAGCCAGUUAGGGUUUUCUGUUACACAGUACUUAUCACAGACUGGUCAGGUACACAGCCAGUUAGGGUUUUCUGUUACACAGUACUUAUCACAGACUGGUCAGGUAUACAGCCAGUUAGGGUUUUCUGUUACACAGUACUUAUCACAGACUGGUCAGGUAUACAGCCAGUUAGGGUUUUCUGUUACACAGUACUUAUCACAGACUGGUCAGGUACACAGCCAGUUAGGGUUUUCUGUUACACAGUACUUAUCACAGACUGGUCAGGUAUACAGCCAGUUAGGGUUUUCUGUUACACAGUACUUAUCACAGACUGGUCAGGUAUACAGCCAGUUAGGGUUUUCUGUUACACAGUACUUAUCACAGUCUAGUCAGGUACACAGCCAGUUAGGGUUUUCUGUUACACGGUACUUAUCACAGACUGGUCAGGUAUACAGCCAGUUAGGGUUUUCUGUUACAUGGUACUUAUCACAGACUGGUCAGGUACACCGCCAGUUAGUGUUUUCUGUUACACAGUACUUAUCACAGACUGGUCAGGUAUACAGCCAGUUAGGGUUUUCUGUUACACGGUACUUAUCACAGACUGGUCAGGUACACAGCCAGUUAGGGUUUUCUGUUACACAGUACUUAUCACAGACUGGUCAGGUAUACAGCCAGUUAGGGUUUUCUGUUACACAGUACUUAUCACAGACUGGUCAGGUACACAGCCAGUUAGGGUUUUCUGUUACACAGUACCUAUCACAGACUGGUCCGGUAUACAGCCAGUUAGGGUUUUCUGUUACACAGUACUUAUCACAGACUGGUCAGGUAAACAGCCAGUUAGGGUUUUCUGUUACACAGUACUUAUCACAGACUGGUCAGGUACACAGCCAGUUAGGGUUUUCUGUAACACAGUACUUAUCACAGACUGGUCAGGUAUACAGCCAGUUAGGGUUUUCUGUUACACAGUACUUAUCACAGACUGGUCAGGUAUAUGUUGAUCUUUGUCAGGAAUGAUGGCAGGUACACUAUUACACUAGUCA